UUUCUUAUCAAAUCAUAUUCCGGCCUCCGUAUACUGAUAAGGAAAGUGAACAUCGAAUUUCUUCAUUUGAACCAUUAGAGUCAUGUCAGCUAAACUACAGCAUAUCCAGAACCUACGGCACAUCUUUCAACGUUCUGCGGAGUCCGUACGACCAGCACAACUGCUCAGCGAAACCAACCAGUAUAUUCUUAGACCACAGCCGAGUGAAGAUGGUCGCCGGCUGAGCAUACAAAUACAAGGUAAAACUUUGGAUAUCACCCGUAAACACUGUCAUGUAGUUGGUUUCGGCAAAGCUGUGCUCGGCAUGGCAGUGCAACUGGAAAAGUCGCUCGGGAACCGCCUGGUGAGUGGUGUUCUAAGCAUACCAGUGGGCACAAGGCAGCGAUUCCGUGAUGUACCCGAGAUGCAGUUGCCAACAAACUCGAUAAUUGAAAUUUUCGAAGGCGCACCAAACAAUCAACCCGACGAGCAGGCACUCCAGGCAGCACAGCGCAUCAAAGCACUCGCCGCGAAUAUGACCGAAAAUGAUAUACUCUUUGUGCUGAUAUCUGGCGGUGGUUCUGCACUAUUGCCGCUACCGCGUACGUCCCUCAAACUGUCGGAAAAGAUGCAGCUGGUACGUCGUUUGGCAAAUUGUGGCGCAAGUAUUGAUGAAAUGAAUGUGUUGCGCAUUGCUUUGUCCGACAUAAAGGGUGGUCGGCUGGCAGCCGCCGCACGUAACGCUUUUGCUGUCGUCUCGUUUGUCAUCAGCGAUGUUGUGGGCGAUCCAGUCGACAUAAUAGCCAGUGGUCCGACUUGUUGCGCUCUAGCGAAACGUCUGUCGGCGAAAGAGGUACUAGAGAAAUAUGAAUUAUUCGCCGAUUUACCUGAGCAUAUCCGUGUGCUAGUGGAGCAGCCGGAAGUGAAAGCAGAAAUGGAACCAGCACGCAAUAAUUAUAUUUAUAUGGUAGGUGACAAUCGCGUUGCUACAGCGCAGGCUGUGCAGGAAGCACUACAGUGUGGCUACAAUCCUUUCAUUGCCAGCACAACAGUGGAGGGUGAAGUGCAAGAACUUGUCAGCCAAUACAAAGAUUUUUUGCAAGACCUUUGCAGUUUUCGCAAGGGUGCGCUCGAUGAGCAUGAAUUGAAAAAAAGAUUCCCCUUCGAUGCGCGAAUCUUUCAGCAUUUCCUAAAGACACUUCUCAUGUGUGAGCGCACGAAGAAGCCACUGCUACUGAUAUUGGCAGGUGAACCCACAGUCAAGGUUACUGGUACCGGUUUGGGCGGCCGCAAUCAGGAAUUGGCUUUGCGUUUGGCGCUCGCUUUAUACGAAAAUGCGGAUUUCGAAAAUGUCAUCUUUCUUAGCGCCGGCACGGACGGUAUUGAUGGUCCGACACCAGCAGCAGGUGCAAUUGGUUGCGAUUUGGUGAUAAGCGACUUUCUGAAGAACACCUCUAUGAGUUUAAACAAUGUGCAGGCUUACCUGCAAAAUAGCGAUUCGUAUAAUUUUUAUAAGAAUUUGAACGGUGGCGAAUAUCAUGUGCUGACUGGCCAUACAGGCACUAAUGUAAUGGAUCUGCAGUUCCUUUUGAUUGCAUAGUAUUAGUACAAAUAUGGACGAAAUUUUAGAGAACGAAUAUAAAGUGUUAAAUAUUAGUAUGUUUACCGGAGGGAGUUUGGAUUGCGCUUUUAACAACUUUGAAGGAAAAUCCAUUAAUUUAUGUAUAAAGAAAAGCAUAGUUCCUGCUGCAUUUAAUAUUGUUGUU